AUUGACGGGCUGCCAGUGUGCCAGUCAGACAGAAAAUCGUAUAGUUGUUUAAGCGGGUCAAAUGUUUUUGUAUUUAUUUUCUAUUUUAUUUUAAUAUAACUAAUUAUUAUUCGGUGUAAACCGAAUAACAUUUAACAGCUGUUAUAGUACCGAGUGAUUGUUUACAGAAAAAAGCUGUUGUUUUUGAGGAAGCCAAGACUGUCGAUAAAAUGAUUGGAGUUAAUAAAUUAAUUUGUAAAAACAAUAUUGUUGGCCAAAAGAUGGUGCACCAGAGAUAUUUCUCCAGCAAGGGUAUUAAAGAUGUGACUUAUCAGUAUUUGCAAAGAAGUAAAGUGCCGACAAUGCAUUUUCAAAAAUCACUGCCGCGGUUGCCGAUCCCCGAUUUAUCUAAGUCUGGAGAACGGUAUUUAAAGGCUCUAAGGCCUUUAUUAAACGAUGAUCAAUAUGCAAAAGCCCAACAGACCACUAAUAAUUUUAUUACCAAAGAAGGGAAAGUGCUUCAAGAACUGCUUAUUUCUAAGGACAAGAAAAACAAACAUACAAGCUAUAUAUCAGAGUACUGGUUUGAUCUGUAUCUGCGUGAUCGUUCACCUCUACCUAUAAACUAUAAUCCCAUGAUUGUGUUUCAAAAUGAUGUGAGACCAGAAUACAAUAAUCAGCUCAUAAGGUCCACAAAUAUAAUGAUAAGUGCAGUUAGAUUUAUGUUGUCAUUAAGGGAACAAAUUUUGGAGCCUGAAGUGUUUCAUAUGAAUCCUAAGAAAAGUGACACACCAUUGUUCAGAACUGUGACUGGAAUGCUGCCUGAAGCAGUCUCUUGGUAUGGUGCCUAUCUAUUCAAAGCAUUUCCCCUGGAUAUGAGCCAGUUUAAUGGUUUGUUUGGAGCAACUAGACUGCCAAGACAUAGCAAGGACGAAAUCUUCAGAGACCCCAAAAGCAAGCAUGUUGUUGUACAGAGAAAAGGAAAUCUCUAUGUUUUUGAUGUUUUAGAUGCAAAUGGCAACCUUUUGUCACCUCUGGAAAUGCUUGGGAAUUUGAGCAAAAUUCUGAAUGAUGACUCCCCAGCCGCUGAACAUCCUUUAGGAGUAUUGACUACCCAGAACAGAGAUGAAUGGGCCAAACACCGUUAUUAUCUAGAGGCUACAGGCAACACUGAAGUCCUCAAUAAGAUAGACUCAGCUAUAUUCAAUUUGGUAUUUGAUGAUGAUGUUAUCAAUGAUGAUAAGCGGACUAUUUUAAAGAAGUGGUUGCACAGUGAUGGCACUAACAGAUGGUUCGACAAAUCAUUCAGUCUCAUCGUGACUAAAGAUGGAGUAUCAGGAGUGAACUUCGAACAUUCGUGUGAUGGUGUAGCUGUGCUGAGGUUCUUCCAAGACAUAUAUGCGGAAACUACGAAGAAACCCUUCGUCCACCCAGACUCAAAACCUGUUGAUAGCAAUAUUAGUGUUCAGAAAUUAGAAUUUAAAUUGGACAAUAAAUCAAAGGAAUUUAUUGACAACGCCAAGAGUCAAUACAAAGCAUGGUGUGACUCUCUCAGUAUUGAUUACAUAUUGUAUGAAGGACUAACAAAAGGGGCGUGUAAGAAGUUCAAAGUGAGCCCUGACUGUAUUAUGCAACUCGCGUUUCAGUUAGCACACCAUCUUAUAAAAGGCAAUUUCGUCGGCACGUAUGAAUCCUGCAGCACAUCCGCCUUCAAACAUGGUCGGACAGAAACAAUGAGGCCCUGCACUGAGAAAACUAAGGUUAGUUAACUUUGUACCAGUAUAUUGUUAUGCUCCUACUCUAUUCGCAAUUAUUUGUGAUCAGGCAACGAUAGUACAAACCUUCCACACGACAAUCAGGCGAUCGAUGUGUGUCUACA